GGAGGAACCCCUCAUCGUCAUGGUUCUUUGUUGACAUGGAGCUGCAGUGAUGUGAUCAGGUGAGAUGGAUCAGUGUGUUGCUGCCUCACACAGACUCCCCCCACCCCUCCCUCCUUCCUGUGUGACCGUCACGCUGCAGAGCAGACCAACCCCGAGGAGGGGGUGUUCCUGAGCUGCAGCUGCUAUAAAGACCAGGGGAAGGGACUCCCAGCAUGUCUUCACACUGAAAGCAACUGCUGGACAGCCGGUCACGUGAUGGCAGCGCCCAAGAAAGUGUGUGUGAUCGGCUCAGGGAACUGGGGCUCUGCUAUUGCCAAAAUUGUUGGUGCCAAUGCAGCCAAGUACGACACGUUUGACAGCACGGUGAAGAUGUGGGUGUUUGAGGAGACGGUGAACGGCCGGAAGCUCAGCGAGAUCAUCAACACAGACCAUGAGAAUGUGAAGUACCUGCCCGGUCAUAAGCUGCCACACAAUGUGCUAGCUGUUCCAGACUUGGUUGAGACGGUCAAGGAAGCAGACAUUCUGAUAUUUGUGGUGCCGCACCAGUUUAUUGCAAAAGUGUGCGACACCAUCAAGGACCACAUAAAGAAAGAUGCUGUUGGGAUGUCUCUCAUCAAGGGUGUGGAUGCAGGUCCUGAAGGUCUGAAGCUCAUCUCUGAGGUCAUCCGGGGGAAUCUCGGCAUCACCAUGACCGUGCUCAUGGGGGCAAACAUCGCCAACGAGGUGGCUGAUGAAAAGUUCUGUGAAACAACCAUAGGGUGUAAGGACAAAGUAUAUGGACCACUGCUGAAGGAGCUCAUGCAGACCCCCAACUUCCGUGUGACUGUGGUGGAGGAGUCUGAUGUGGUGGAGAUCUGCGGUGCUCUAAAGAACAUUGUAGCCGUGGGAGCUGGGUUUUGUGACGGCCUGGGAUUUGGCGACAACACCAAGGCAGCAGUGAUACGUCUCGGCCUAAUGGAGAUGAUUGCCUUUGCAAGACUCUUUUGCACAGACUGCGCCGUCUCCCCGGCAACCUUCCUGGAGAGCUGCGGUGUCGCCGACCUCAUCACAACCUGCUACGGAGGACGCAACCGAAAGAUUGGAGAGGCCUUUGCCAAAACAGGAAAAAGUAUUGAGCAGCUGGAGAGUGAGCUGCUGAACGGGCAGAAGCUCCAGGGUCCAGCAACAGCCAGUGAAGUCCACCAGAUAUUGAAACAGAAAAGCAUGAUAGAGAAGUUUCCUCUUUUCACUGCUGUUUUUGAGAUCUGCUUCGAUGGCCGACCUGUCACAGAGUUCAUUAGCUGUUUGCAAAGCCAUCCAGAGCACAUGUAAAACACGAACAGCACAUUUCAUUUAGGAGGAGGGUUUAAUUAAAUGCUGGUGUAUGAACCUGUAUUAGAAAGAAAAGUUUUAGAGAGAAAACUAAUCUGAUUUCUAUAUCAUGUAUCAGUUUCUGUUAAGUUUUUAAAAAGAAAACCAUGUUUAAAAUGUGAUCAUUCUUCUUUUACCUGACAUGCUGUUUCUGUUUUUAGAGAUACUUUUUUCAAGUCUUAAAUAUCGUAAUAAGAAAAUAGUUACCACAGUGUUGUCAAACCUUACAGAAAUCUUUAAAUAAAUGUGUCUUUUUCAGUCAUGCAUGUCCUCUCCAAAGGAAAGCGCUGAGAUAAAAACCACUCCAACAAGAUGUUUUUCAACUAGACCUUAUAAAAUGUAACAACUCGCUCCACAGAGAUGAAUUUUGAAAUAAACUGUUUGCCUGUUCUUA